CAAGCCCGAGACCCUAGGCCUGGGAGGGGGUGGGGUGCGUGCCGUCUCCAUGGCAACACUUCCUCCAGUCCUCGGGGGACGGCGCGAGCCAGGCCGGGGGGCUCGGCCCUCCCGCGCGGCCCCUGCCCCCGCCCUGCCCGACAGCUUUCCAAGACUGCUUCCUUCGUUCAGAGCUCUUCCUCGGAUCUCAAAGCCGGAGAUGAAUAUGGUGGCCUCCUUGGAGAGAACUCUACUUUCAACGUCUCAAGGCCCUAAACUGCCCCAGCAUGGUCUUACAUCUUGAGCAGUGCAGAGAUUCACACACCUACAUCCUCCACCCCUAACGACUCCAGGCCAAACCAAGCACAACUCAGCAAAACUGUCCAGAAUGGGGGGGUGGGGGGGCAGAAGUAGCAAGGCGGGCUUGCCUCCCCCCCCCCCCCCACUGCAUGAUGCUGAGGUCGAACCUGCAAGCUCCUGGGAGUGUUAGGAAGUGCUGCAGACGCCCUCACUGCUGCUUGGUCCCUCCAGUGGACACUCCAUGCCCCCAUUUUGUUAAGAGGGCUGUCUGCUUGCCUGUCCCACAUCUGGAUCCCCCUUCAGUCUCUGGAUGCCAGAGAGGCUCCUCCCUCAGAUACCCCAAGACCCAAGUAUCAUGGUGUCUCAUGGGCCAGAGUUCCCUCCCCCCCACCACCAGUAGGAGAAAGUUGGGAAGGAGAAACUUCAAGGAUCCCCAACAAACUCCAGCCUCCUUUGGGUCUGGGAUUGCUGGGAGGAAGAAAGCUGGGUGGGGCUGGCUGGGCUGGGUUGACCCCUCCCCAUGGGGGGCGGGACCCCAGAGGGAGGAAUAGAACAGAUCUACUGGAGACCAGACACUGGAAAAAGAUGGCAGGAACCAGUCCAGGGGCCCGCUUCUACCGGCAGAUCAAAAGACACCCCGGGCUCAUCCCAAUGAUCGGCUUCAUCUGCUUGGGCAUGGGCAGUGCUGGACUCUACCUGCUGAGACUUGCAUUGCGUAGCCCGGAUGUCUGCUGGGACAGAAAGAACAAUCCAGAGCCCUGGAACCGCAUGAGCCCCAAUGACCAGUACAAGUUCCUUGCUGUUUCCACUGACUACAAGAAGCUGAAGAAGGACCGGCCGGACUUCUGAGGCAGGACUUGGGGGGGGGGGUCCCCGUGUGAAUCGCUUUUUUCCACUCCCUGCCCUAGACCCCGGGGCAUCAGUCUAGCAACACUGCUCAGCCUCUGCUCACACGGGCUGGAUUCCCACGCAGAGGGGAGGCGGCUCCACCCCCACCCCCCUCCCUUGCUCCCAGCAGAGGAAGAGCCUCUGACCCUCAGCUUGAGUCCCACGGUGGGGGAGGGGAGUCAAGACUGCAGGCAGAGGCUGGGGUUGACCCAAAGGGCCCCAGGCCAGCCCCUCUCCCCUCCUACCCCCCCACGCCUAACUGGGCGUGGCACAGGCUACGUGUUGAGCGUGUCAGACGUGUGCCAACAGCAAGCAGGGGCCUGAGUGCCAAGCGACGUGGCAGGCCCCACGUUAGCUCCAGUUUGGAGCUAGGUCUAGGGGGAGCAGCUGCCCAGGCUCGACUGGGCUCGUCCUGGCUACCCAGCCUGCCUAGGGUGGGUCGCCUCUACCAGGCAGUGCGUUCCUGCCCAAGCCUGUGCCUCCCGUCCACGGCACCCCCUCCCACCCUGCACCUGGGCCUUCCUUGCCCCUCCCCCCCCCCCCCUUCCUUUGCUCCUCUGUCCCUGGGGAUCAAACAGAAGCAGCCGUGGGCAAAAUACAAUUUCAUUUAACAAAUUGAA